AUGUCGUUUCAUUGUCUGGUGGUUCUGUUGAUGCUUUCCCCCAGUGAACAUUUUGCCGAGGUCUUGAAUCAGUUUCCAAUAUCGGUCACUAGGCCCAAGACUACAACGGUCAAAAUACGAUGCGUGACACAAAACACGGAAACCAUCCACUGGUAUCAGCGCCGACCCAACCAGGCGCCUAGGAGAAUAAUCUAUUUCAGCAAAAACGGAGCUGUGCUGGAUCCGGGAAUCCCCUCCAAGUUCUCAGCUGAGAAAAGUGUCUCUUCAUUCUUCCUUGUAAUUGAUAACAUUGAACAGUCUGAUGAUGCCAUCUAUUACUGUGCCUAUUGGAUUCUCACAGUCAGAAACAACCAUAAGAAGCUCAUUACAAAAACCCCAAGGCUGCCUGGUACUGAGCACAGCCGCACAAGUUUCCAGGGCACAGGCUGUUCACUCAACCUUCGUAGCGGGUUCGCGAAUGACUGGUGUGAUGUUAAGCUUGUUGUAUUGUCAUCUGGAAAUGAACGACAAACAGGCUAUCCACUUGAACAUGUUUCUGUUAGCUCCAUUGACUGGACAGCUGGUUUGCGAUGCAGAUUGCACGAUCUGAUGUUACCACGAAGGGCUCUACUUCUCAACUUCUCACCCAACCUGGAGCAGCGGUGA